ACACGGCUAGACGCCUCGGCUGGUUCGCGACGCAGCCCCCCGGCCGUGGAUGCUCGCUCGGGCUCGGGAUCCGCCCAGGGGGACCCCAUUCCCGAGGAGCUCUACGAGAUGCUGAGUGACCACUCCAUUCGUUCCUUCGAUGACCUCCAGCGCCUGCUGCACGGAGACUCUGGAGAUGAAGACGGGGCUGAAUUGGACCUGAAUUUGACCCGGUCCCAUUCUGGAGGCGAGCUGGAUAGCUUAUCCCGCGGGAGAAGGAGCCUUGGUUCCCCGACAGUCGCUGAGCCAGCCGUGAUCGCCGAGUGCAAGACACGCACCGAGGUGUUCGAGAUCUCGCGGCGCCUCAUAGACCGCACCAACGCCAACUUCCUGGUGUGGCCGCCCUGCGUGGAGGUGCAGCGCUGCUCCGGCUGCUGCAACAACCGCAAUGUGCAGUGCCGCCCCACGCAGGUGCAGCUGCGGCCCGUUCAGGUAAGAAAGAUUGAGAUUGUUCGGAAGAAGCCAACCUUUAAGAAGGCCACGGUGACCUUGGAGGACCACCUGGCGUGCAAGUGUGAGACGGUGGUGGCACGACCUGUGACCCGAAGCCCCGGGAGUUCCCAGGAGCAGCGAGCCAGGACGCCCCAAACUCGGGUGACCAUUCGGACGGUGCGAGUCCGCCGGCCCCCCAAGGGGAAGCACCGGAAGUUCAAGCACACUCAUGACAAGAAGGCGCUGAAGGAGACCCUCGGAGCCUAGGGGCAUCUGCAGGAGAGUGCGGGCAGGGUUAUUUAAUAUGGUAUUUGCUGUAUUGCCCCCAUGGGGUCCUUGGAGUGAUAAUAUUGUUCCCCUCGUCCGUCUGUCUCGAUGCCUGAUUCGGACGGCCAAUGGUGCUUCCCCCACCCCUCCACGUGUCCGUCCACCCUUCCACCAGUGGGUCUCCCCUCAGUGGCCUCCAGCAUCUUGCCCAGAAGCUCAAGAAGGAAAUGAAGGACCUGGACUCCAUCGCUGUCUUCCUCUCCUGACCUGGAGAAAAUGGGAUGAAAGUGCAAGAGAGACUGAUGGGGUCGCUGUUGGGGGAAAGGAGCUUCCUUCCCCAGCACUGUGGACUGGCCUGAAACCCUGCAUGUGGGCCUGAGGACCUCUCAGCAUGGCCUGCCUGGUCCCUGGACCCGCAGCCAGCUCCGACGGGAGCACCCCCGGGCAGGCCAGGGUACUCGUACUCCUGUGGCUGAGACCGUGUUGGGGAGCAUAGACUGGAGAAAACCCCCUCCUGCAAUGCCCAGGCCCGGUCAUCUCCCCUUGGUUACCUCUGCUCACAGUGGCUUCUUUUCAUUUUAUACGUUUGAAUUCUUUGAAGAUGCGGACUCCUCCAGGCAAGUGUGGCCAGAGCACCGGGCAGCCAAGUGCCCUCUCAGACGGGUUAGAGAUGAAGUUUGCUCCGGAGGUGGAUGGAGAUGGUGACCUGGGCAUGCACUGCCUCCUUCCACUCCCCCUGUUCACUUUUUCCUCUGUUUCAUCUCUCUACCUCCACCCUGUGUCUCCUCCUGUCCUGACCCUUCAGUCUGCUCCACCAAGGGGCUCUUGGACCCCUUAUUAAGGCCUCAGAUAACCCCAGUCACUGCUCUGUAGGACAGAAGACCAGGACCCAGGGCAGCAGGGGGCCUGCCUGUCGUAUCCCAGCCCAGCCAAGACUGCCAUGUAAGGUUGUACAGGGUGUGCACUGCACAAGGGCACUGCAUGCAGGGAGCACAGGUCACACACAACCGUAGACAUGGCCAAUUUGUAUAUUUAUUAUGACAAUUUUUUGGCAGAUGGAGGUAAAGUGUCUUGAGGAAAGGGAUCCUUUUCCUAAUUGACACAAAGGCUCUGUGUGGACUGGCUGUGCCUCUGACCCAGCCCACGACUUGGAGCGGUCAGACAGGACUGAGCCCUUGGUGGGGGACAGAGGAGCAACACUUGUCCCUGUGGCCUCCGUUUCCCCAAGUCCUCAGCUCAAGCAGUCUCCCCUUUAGGCGGGUGUGAAAAACCCAAGAGAAAGUCUCCAAGGGUAGGGGGUAGCCCUUGCUCCGCCCCUGCACACGCCCCUCUUCUUAGAUCUUUUUGAGUUCCAUCUCUGGUGGCUCCUCCCAGGAAACCAGCUCUUGGGCUGGGAGUGGGGGAGAAAAGGGAAAAGAUCCCCAGGGCCCCCUAGGGGUGGGGUCUGAGCUCCCACCUCCCUUUCCACCUUCUACUGCACUUUCCCCCCUCCCUCCAUCUCCCAAAUCUGCUUCCUUCAGUUUGUAAAGUCGGUGAUUAUAUUUUUGGGGGCUUUCCUUUUAUUUUUUAAAUGUAAAAUUUAUUUAUAUUCCGUAUUUAAAGUUGUAAAAAAAAAAAUAACCACAAAACAAAACCAAAUGAAUCCGCCAGAGAUCUGUCUGUUGGCACUGCAUGUGACAAUUACCCUUUACGCAUUGGCAGGAUUUGCCGACAGCUUACGACGGGUUCCUCUGGCUCUGGGAGACUCAGGCGCAAACUCAGGCGCGCGCGUCCGCGCACACACACACGGUCACACAUGCAUGCGCACACGCUGGCCCGCUGCUCUGAGCAAGUCCUCUGUCUGGGAGCCGGUGAGAGCCAGACAGCCCACUCUGUAUGGCUUGGUCCCGCUUGCAGCUCCUGAUACCUGGACCCCACGUCCCUGUGCUUGUCACUGGUAGUGACAAGAGAUGGGUUUCUCCAGCCUGAGGGUCUCCACAAGGGAAACGGAUCCUCAGCAUCAUGGGGUGGGACUGGCUGUGGGGAGGGGCUACCCAGCGUGGGGAAGGCUGGAGGAGGUCCUGGAGGGGCCAUGGGGUUUAGAAGGAACACAGCUGAAAGUUGGGGCUGGGGUCUGAUCUUGGCUCAGCCCUUAGCCAGCUGUGUGGCCUUGGGCAAGUCAUAGCCCCUCUCUGGUCAGAAUACCAUCUGAAACAGAAGAAGAUGGCCAGGAGACCUGUGGUCUCCAAGGUCCAGCUGUGUGGUUCUGUGCUUCCCCUCAUCCACGAAGACUUGGGUCUGAUUCCAUGAAAAAGAUGCUAGAUGUAUUCUGGGUCUUACCUGCUGGCAGACUAGCGCUGACGGGGAAACCUAAGAGGUGGAGAAUCUGACUCAUCAUACGGACAAUCUAAAACUGAAACCAUUUUGCCCCUGGAAGUAGUGAGCUCCCUGUCACUGGAAGUAUGUAAGUGGCAGCUGGGUGACAAGUUGGCUGAGGUUAAACUGAAUAACAUUUGGGCUCCCCGUGAUUGAUUGAUUGGUUGAUUGAUAGACUGACUGACUCAUUCAUUCAUUCACUCACCUUGAUCCCCUACCAUGUGUCUGUCUCUACCAGGGGCUUUUAUAGCAAUUUGGUGUAAAUUCAUCCUGGGAUUCAUAGCCCGAUGCUUGAGGUGGUGGUGGUAGGCAGUGCCGAUCAGAGGGAUUUACCUGAAAACUCCUACCCCCUCCUGCCCGACCUGUCUGUAGGACCCUCCCCAUUCCCCAAACCCCCAGGGUUCUGGGUUCCAGGGCGCUAGAGAAGGCUCAGGCUGGGAGGAGGAGGGGAUGGAAUUUAGAGGGCAGCUAGGGGGCCAGUGCAUGCGGCAUCUUGGCAUCUGCAAACAGCUGUGCUGUUCCGUGGAUGGCUGCAGGAACUUCCUGGUGAAACAGGCAGAGGUGCCUGCAUCUUUCCCUUUCCCGGACACCAUCCCAGGCGGGUGCCAAACCAGGCAGCAGCAGUGUCCAGCCUGUAGGCCUCCAGGGUCCUGGUGGGCCCUCUCUGGGCUUUAGAACCACCAAGCUAAAAUGGCAUUCUUCCAGAAUCCCUUCUGCUGGGAACAAGGCAUUCCCUUCUUCAUCCCUUUUUCUGCCCUGUUGGCUGUAAUACAGGCAUGAUGUCUGGCACUUAAGCAGCCAUCUUGAGCACUGAGGUGAAGGCCAAAUGCUGAGAUUGGUGGAGCACAGCGUAAAGGGCUGGGGUCCCUGACACCUGACUGACUAGCUCAGGAGUUUUUACAUAAGAAAGGAGGAAAUACCUCUAUUUGAGCUACUUUUAUUUGGGGUUUUCUGUCCUUCGUAACCCAACCCAAUCCUAAUAGCCCCAUUCACUCUGGGAAAGAGAUGAUGUGGCCUCCACGCUGAUCCAUUUAUCUUCCACAAUCCUUGGGUGCUUAGCAUCAUAUUAUGAACUCUCCUUUAUUCAAGGCCCACUCAGAUGUCAGAUCUCACUGCCCCCUGCCCUCCCCACCCACCCCGCCCCGCCUAGGAGCCUUCUCUGUCCCAGCCAGCAAUCCUCCUCUCUCAACUAGAGCAGAACUGUAGCCCUCUUUGGAGGCUUAACGUCGACUGCCUCCAUAAAAUAACAAAAUGAUGGCCUCUUUCGCUUAUAAAGUAAAAUAUCUAUAACCUCUUAAUACUCUCAGGUUUGUUUUCAGGAAUGGAGGAGAAAAUGAAGGGCAAAGUGAUGGCAAACAGGCUUAGAGAGAUUAAGUGACCUGCCAAAGACCACAUAGCUCCUGAGUGGCUGGAUCCCAACCCCAUCCUCCUCUGCUGACACCACAUCACAUCUGGUGUGUUUCCACUGUUUUGUAGCAUCAGACCAGGAACCCCAGAAUCCUAACACCUGUACAUAUCCUGGGGUAUAGUCCUGAUUCAGGCAUAUAGUUACCAUGUGAUCCUAGGAAAGUCACUGCUCCUUCCAGAUCUCAGCCUUUCCUUCGGGCCUUCGUGCAAGUGUCAACCCACCAGUGAGGCUUGCCCUAUCUGACCUUUCCAAAAGAGCAGACCCCUGUCCCAUAGCCCUCCUUUCUUACCCGCUUUAUUUAUCUCCAUAGGACUUAUCCUCUUUUGGCUCACUCUGCAGGUAUAGUUGACCCCUGAACAACACGGCGGUUAAUCCACAUAUAAUUUGUAGUCAGCCCUCCCUAUCUGCCUUUCAUCCACGUUCCUCCUUAUCCGUGGAUUCAACCAACUACGUACUACUGUAGU